AUGGAUGAUUUUCAUAAACGUCUAGCUAGUUUGAAGAGUGUUUUGACAUGUGGAAUUUGCAAAAAGCUAUGCAAAGAUGUCACAAUUAUUGAAGAAUGCUGUCAUAGAUUUUGCAAGAAAUGCAUUACGAGGAAGAUAUCAAAAGGAAAAUGGAAUGUUUGUCCAGAAUGCAGUAUGGAUUUAGGUGUUGCUCCCUUGCAUAAACUCAGGCCUGAUCACCAACUCCAAGGGAUAAGAGACAUAUUCUCAAGUAAAAGAAGAGAAUUAAUUGAGCUUGGACUAAUAGAAAAAUCCAAAAAAAACGAACCCAAAAAGUUAGCUCGUGAGGAUAUUGAUCUUAAUUAUAGUGUCGAAAUGCUCAUUGAUCCAUCGCCUCCUCCUGCUCCUGCUCCUAUUGUGAUUGCUACAAGCUCAAGGAGAAAGGAGAAAUUGAUUUCUUCCAUAGUAAAUACUACACCACUUGUUGAUGAUCAAGUUUCAAAUCAGGACAACGUUUCGAGUAGUAGUACUGGAAGGGGGAGAGGAAGAGGAAGAGGAAGAGGAAGAAGAAGAAGAAGAGGAAGUUCACAAAAUAAUGCUAAUGAUGUUGAUCUGAGUAAUGGAGAUACGCAUCCAGGAAGUUUAAUCAUUCCUAUUCUUUCGAGCAAAGAUGCUCAACAUAAACAACAGAUAAAGGGAACUAAUCAGCCAGAAAGUUCAAGCAUUCCUCUUCUUUCGGGCAAAGCUACUCAACAUAAACAACAGGUUGAGAGUAUUGCUUAUGCUGCUGAGUCUUCAAAGAAAAACAAAAGUAUUGAACCAUUAUAUGGGAUCAAUGACGUAUGGGAACCAUUGAACAAAUUGGUAACAAAAGGUGACACCUUAGACAAUUCAGAAGAACCAGUUCCAAAGUUCAUUAGUAGUACUCCACAAUUUAAUCUUGAUGAUUAUGAAAAUGAGGAAGACAAUGAUGAUGAUGAAGAAGACGAUGAUGGUGGUGAUGGUGAUGGUGGUGGUGGAACAAAUCUUAAUGUGGCACAAGUUGAAGCUGCUAUUGAGAUAGAAGGAGGUACAAUCAGUGGUAGUACAAGAGUAGUUAAUGAAAGAGUACAUCCCAUUUGGUUCACUUUGGUUGCAUGUGAUAAACAGUGA